CGGGUAGUAUAAUUAUUUGGAUUAGGCCUGUUCAGCUUCAGUUGUCAAUUAUUUUAAGACGUCGUUUCUGCCUUUUACCAAGUUUUUAAUUGUUCAUAACAAAGGCGCAGUACUUAUGCAGAGUAUCUAUUUGUGAAGAGUAUAAAGUUAUGUCAGCAUAGUCCUUUCCGUUGCCAAAAAUGAAAAAAAAGGGAAUGAUAUAGACUAUUUUCUCAACUAUCAGAUACCCGUUACUAAGCUUGUGGGAGGGCAAGUAUAUACAUACAUAUGUAUAUUCUCUAUAUGGCCGGAAACGGUUCCAACAAAUCUAGUAUACCCAAUUAUGUUUACUAGUAACAUAUAGUAUAGCCCUGGACGAGUUUCUGGACAUUUUCCGACAAAAUUCUUAAAUGAUUUCUAUAAAUGGAGAAAUAACCGUAGUCAAACUUUAUACGCUUGACUACGUCGGCUUCAACUGCAGGAAGUGUCAUUGUCGUCUUCCCAGAAGAGUUUCAAAAUGGUUAAUGAUGCCAUUAACCAGGAGGAAGCCAACCACACGAGACGAGUGCCAAAACUAGACAGUGGUCGACAUGGCUGUGACGAUUUCAAUGCUGCAACAUCAACAUUGUAACAUUGCAACUCUUUAGCCAGUUAAUUGGCAGCAAAAUCGACAGCGAUACUAGCAGCAGCAGCAGCAGCAACAGCUUUUCACCAGGAAAUCAAUAACAGUUUAGCCAAAACAAAAUAAUAAAACGAAACCGGGGUAAAAGCAUUUCUCUGAUUCGGAAGUAGCUAAAAAUGUCAGCUCAACUUCUAAAACAAAACAAAUGCAAAUAUGGCCCAGUUUUAGUUUGUUCUAAUUUUGCUAAACGGCAAACAUCGCUAGUCGGGAAAUACCUAGCAAAACACUUGAGAGUUCUACUGCCAAUUUGAAAGUUUGACUAUAAAAGGGGGAUCUAGAUUAAUUUCUGUACUUAGAAGUCCAACGGAAAUUCAAACAUGAAGGUGUUCUAUCAAACUAUUUUGGGACUGGCGCUUAUCCUUGCCAUACUAAGCUCUUCUUUGACUUACGCCACACCAUUGGAUGACAACAAGUCGGAUGAGUCUCUCCUAAGCGAAAAUUCGGAAUCGGAUGAAUCGGUGCCCAAUGACAUUCAACAGGAUUAUCUCAAUGUGGCCAACUACGUUACCCCGUCUCCUCCAUGGUGGUGGAACUAGA